AUGAAUAAAAGUGAAAAUAAUCUAUUUCAAUCAAUGAAUAUAAAUGUUAAUCAUAUAUUAACAUUUAUAUUUAUUUUAAUUGCAAUAGUUGGUAUAUUGGGAAAUCUUUUAGUUAUUAUAUCAGUUGAAUUUGAUGCCCGAAUGAGACGAUCAUUAACAAAUCAACUUAUUGUUCGUGUUGCUUCUUGUGAUUUUAUUAUACUUUUAUUUAAUAUGCCGGAUAUUGUUCAAUUUGUUUCAUCUAAUAAUGGAAAUUGGGUUCUUACUCAAUUUGCUUGUAAAUUUAUUAGAACAACACUUGUUCUCGCACAAUAUUCAUCUGUACUUAACAUGUGUGCAUUAACUGUUGAAAGAUUUAUUGGUAUUGUUUAUCCACUUCGUUCAAAACUAUUACGUGAAAAAAAACAUAUUGUUUUGACAACAAUCAUUGUAUGGAUAUUUUCAUUUAUAUGUGCAUCACCUAAUUUAAUUUAUUUACGUAUAUUAAUAAAUCCUCAGUCAUCUAGUCGUUUAUGUGGUCUUCAAUAUUCUAAAGAAGAUUUUCUAAAUCAACGUGGAUAUAUAAUUCAUAAAUCGUUUGAAUCAAUAAUAUUUUAUUUUGUUCCUCUUGUAUUACAAAUUUAUUGUUAUAUAAGAAUAGCUCGACAAUUAUUUAAUGUUGAUGAAACACUUCAAACAUCAUAUUGUACAAUUGGAAAAUCUACAACUCAUAGAACACAGGAUUAUAUUGAUGAUGAAGACGAUUAUACAGAUAAUGAUGAAAAUUCAAGUACAAAAUCUACAACAAUAGAUACAAUAUCUCGUUCAUCAAUUCAUCGUUCUCGACAUUUAUUACGACAAAAUAAUAUAUAUCUUUCAAAAGUUCGUAUUCAAAAUAAAUGUCCAUUAAUUGAUCAACCAUUUAAAAAUUCCUAUCCCAUACGUCGAACAACAAUUACUUAUAAUGCAUUAAAAUCUCGUCGAAGUGUUAUAAAAAUGCUUUUUAUUGUUGUAAUUAUUUAUUUUAUCUCGUUUAGUCCACAAGUUCUUGUUUUUAUGUUAUUUCAAACAAAUAUUAUUAGACCUGUUCCACAAUUUAUCAACACACCUUAUUUCAUUGCUUUUACAAUGCUUUUAGUAACAAUAAGUUCAGCAUCAAAUCCAAUUGUUUAUGCGAUAUUUUGUUCAAAAUUUCGACAAAGUUUUUCAAAAAUUCUUCGAAAAUUAUUUUGUUGUUGUUGUCAAACAAACUUUAAUUAUCAUUCAAAUCAACGAGCUCUAUCAUUGCAACAAAUUCCUACGUCUAAUCAUCGAUUUAAUGGAAGAAUUCAUACAGGUCAAAAAAGACAAAUAAAUACAAAUGUAAAGUAUCAAUAUUCAUCUUAA